AUGGCAGCGUUUAUCCGGACCGGAGCGGUGGAUCAGGGCCUUGCCCACGUGAAGUUUAACUUUGUAGGGAAGCUGCUGGGCCCACGGGGGAAUUCUAUGAAAAGAUUACAAGAGGAGACGGGAGUGAAGAUGUCCAUCCUUGGCAAAGGGUCCAUGAGGGAUAAAGAGAAGGAAGAAGAAUUACGAAAGAGCGGGGAGGCCAAAUAUGCCCAUCUGAGUAAUGAUCUCCACGUUUUAAUUGAAGUCUUCGCUCCACCUGGAGAGGCCUAUUCUCGAAUGAGUCACGCCUUGGAGGAAAUUAAAAAAUUCCUUGUUCCAGACUACAAUGAUGAGAUCAGACAAGAGCAGCUGAGAGAGUUGUCCUUGUUGAACGGCUCCGAUGAGUCGAGCCGAGGGAGGAGUGCGCAGGGGAGGAGCCCCCGAGCAGCAACCACAAUAUCCACAAGAGGGCACAGAGGUGGUGGAAGGAGUGCUGCAGCGCCUCGGGGGACAGCAACAGCAACACACAGCAAACUCCCCACAACCGCUCUGACAAGGGACACAAAAGCUCCCAGGGCCAGGGGGGCAGCAGCGAAUGCCGGAUACAGGCCCCCACUGCUAGCAGUCACACACGAAUCUUACGAUGACUAU